GUUGGCUCAAUAGCAAAAUUAUGCUGAUAAUCGUAGCAGGGCUUUUGAUCUCACUGCCGCCUUGCAUCCAGUUCACCUAACUUCAACAAGAAGCCACUAGAGACGUGAGAUUCGGGCACAUCCAAGUGGCCGAUGGUUUCGGAUUCCCCGGUGUGAUCCUUUCUUCCCACCCCCACGGGGUUGAGACCCCAGCGUUAAGGGUGGUCCCUGAUGACAGACAAAUAUCUUACUCGUCUCAGAACCGGAGAUCCCAUUCAGGAUUCACAGUCAUGCGCUCUGUAUAUGGGACUACUUGCAAGGCACUUCUUUCUUUGGUAACAAUUCGCCUGGGAGAAUUAUGGGCCAUGUUUCUUUAUCUUGGUGUAACCAUUGCGCUUGAACUCAUCUUCCGGCAGGUGCCCAAUCUGGUCGUAAGCGCAGUGGCAGCAGCAUUGAUUGGUGUAGCAAUGGGCCCAAUGUAUCCGGUGGCCGUGGUUCUCAUCACCAAAGUCAUGCCGCGCUCACUUCAUGUCGGCACCAUUGGAUUCGCCGCCGCUUUUGAUGGAUCGGGCGGAGCUAUCUUGCCGUUUGCUGUUGGCGCCAUUGCACAGGCCAAAGGUGUGCAAACGCUUCAGCCAAUUGUGCUUGCAAUCUGUGUCGUUCUCGGCCUUUUGUGGGUAUUGCUUCCUCGUCAGCCAAGACAGAACAAGGAAGCGAGCGGAGAAGAAAGUUCGGGCCCUGCAUAAGACACUUAGUCGUGGCCGGUAUCCGCACAUGGACAACCUUAUUUGGGACUUUAACAACAGUCCCAAUUAUAUAAGGUCUAGAAUUCGGAUCAGGAAGGUGCACAUCUAGGGAAAAACCGAGCAUUGAUGUUGCACAGGCACAUAGACAACGGAUAGAAAUUGGACACUUACCCACAUGCACUUGGUACACUUGGUGUUGGAUGGGAAGCAAAAGGUGUGGUGCCCUCAAUGCGAUAUUUUCCAUAUCCGUUGCAAUUCGGAUGUCUAUUUGGUCAACUCUGGCACAGCUGCAUAUUCCUUUUCCUCCACAAGUGCUCAAGACUUCAAGAGGAC